UUUUUGCUUAGUUUCAGAUCUUCGGCCGUGUUACUCCAAAGCAACAAUGGUUCGAAUGGAUGUUCUCGCGAGUGCUCUGAAUACAAUUAAUAAUGCCGAAAAACGAGGCAAACGACAAGUGCUGAUCAGGCCUUGUUCGAAGGUUAUUCUGAAGUUUCUUUCGGUCAUGAUGAAGCAUGGGUACAUCGGAGAGUUUGAGAUCGUGGAUGAUCACCGCGGAGGCAAAAUCGUUGUUAACCUUACUGGUCGAUUGAACAAGUGUGGAGUCAUCUCUCCCCGGUUCAAUGUUCGGAUCACUGAAGUUGAGAAAUGGACGACAAACUUACUGCCAUCGCGACAGUUCGGGUAUGUUGUGUUAACCACUUCGAACGGCAUCAUGGAUCACGAAGAAGCGCGUCGAAAAAAAGUCGGGGGCAAAAUCCUGGGUUUCUUCUACUGAUGUGGUUUGAAAUAAGAAGCGGAGAAUAAAAGUGGUUCUCCGUAAUUUGCCUGA